CUUCGAAGAGUGUUUACAGGAUGGGUGCAGCGAACUUUCCAGAGCACCCAGGCAGCCACGGCCUCCCAGAACACCUGUGCUGCUGAUGACAAGGCCACUAGCCCUGUGCCUAAGGACUGUCUUGUUUGCUCAUACAAUGAAUGGGAUCCACUGGAAGAGGUCAUUGUGGGAAGAGCUGAAAAUGCUUGUGUCCCACCUUUUUCUGUGGAGGUUAAGGCAAACACGUAUGAGAAGUAUUGGGGAUUUUAUCAGAAAUUUGGAGGCCAGAGCUUCCCCAAAGACCAUUUAAAAAAAGCUGUUGCUGAAAUUGAAGAGAUGUGCAAUAUUUUGAAAAGAGAAGGUGUUAUUGUCAAGAGGCCUGAUCCAAUUGACUGGUCUGUGAAGUAUAAAACACCUGAUUUUGAGUCUACAGGUAUGUAUGCUGCCAUGCCGAGAGACAUCCUGCUCGUGGUGGGAAAUGAGAUUAUCGAAGCACCUAUGGCUUGGCGUGCUCGGUUCUUUGAGUACAGGGCAUAUAGGCGACUAAUCAAAGAUUAUUUCAACAGUGGUGCUAAGUGGACAACUGCCCCUAAACCCACAAUGGCAGAUGAACUCUAUGAUCAGAAUUAUCCGAUCCACUCUGUUGAAGACAGGCACAAACUGGCUGCUCAGGGAAAAUUUGUAACUACUGAAUUUGAGCCAUGCUUUGAUGCUGCUGACUUCAUUAGAGCUGGAAGAGAUAUCUUUGUACAAAGGAGCCAGGUUACCAAUUACAUGGGUAUUGAAUGGAUGAGGCGACACCUUGCACCAGACUAUAGAGUGCAUAUCAUAUCCUUCAAAGAUCCUAACCCUAUGCACAUUGAUGCCACUUUUAAUAUCAUUGGACCUGGUCUUGUGCUGUCUAACCCAGACCGUCCCUGCCAUCAGAUUGAGCUCUUCAAGAAAGCUGGUUGGACUGUGAUUCAGCCCCCAGUGCCACUCAUCCCAGAUGAUCACCCACUGUGGAUGUCUUCCAAAUGGCUCUCCAUGAAUGUCCUAAUGCUGGAUGAGAAACGUGUGAUGGUGGAUGCCAAUGAGACCUCGAUUCACAAGAUGUUUGAGAAGUUGGGCAUUUCCACAAUCAAAGUGAAUAUUCGCCAUGCCAAUUCACUGGGAGGUGGUUUCCACUGCUGGACAUGUGAUAUCCGUCGCCGUGGGACCCUGCAGUCUUACUUUGACUAGGAGCCAAAUAGGUAGCAAUGGUUCAGCAUCUAAAAAAAGCAUAAGAAAUGAAUGAAUCAAUGACACUUUGUUAAAAUGACUGCAUGAGCUCUAGUGCUUGAUCAGUGGUGUCCUCAUAGUGGUCU